AUGGCUAUGAACAGGAUACCCGGCAAUGACAACCUUUGGGUGGGCGGCAUUUUUGCCCUGACAAACCCGGAGAAAAUGGAAGAGAAAAAAAUCACCUCUAUCUUGUCGGUAAUCAAGUAUUCAUUCGACGGAUGGGGUGAAAAGGCCAAGCUUUUCGAGCACUUGAGCAUUGAUGUGGAUGACAUGGAGGACGAAGAUCUCUUGGCUCACCUGUCCAAGGCCGUGCGCUUCAUUGACCGGGGUUUGCACCCGACAAAUACUGGUAGCGAAAGAGGAGAUGGCGACGACGAGAGCGACACAAAGCCCUCGAGCGCAGUAUAUGUACAUUGCGCCAUGGGCAAGUCGAGAUCCGUCACGUGCGUGGUUGCAUAUUUGCUCUACAAGUACCCGCAUCGCUACGGCGGGAAACAGUUUGUCCCGUCGGCAGCAUCAGCGGCGCAGCGGAGGCAGACGGCAUACGAGGCAGUAUUGAGCGCCCUCAGCACGGUCAGAGAAGCUCGCUCCCUCGCCGAGCCCAACCCCGGCUUCAUGCGGCAGCUCGAGCUGUGGUGGGAGAUGGGCUGUCCCGUUGGUAGCGACGAUGCCGUGGAGAACCAUCCGAUUUAUCAAAAGUGGCUAUACGAGAACAAGUUGAAGGAGGCCCGAGACGCCCGUAUGGCGCCCGAUGCCGACUGGAUCCGUUUCGAGGACGAGGCCGAGCCUGCAGAUGACUCGGCUGAGCAGAAGACAUCGGGGAAGCAAAUGAGAUGCAAAAAGUGCCGCCGCGUGCUCGCCAACUCAAAGUUCAUUGUCGACCACAACGGCACCGGACAGGAUGACAACAAGGAGAAGGCUGACUGUCAGCACAUUUUUGUCGAGACGCUAUCGUGGAUGCGGCCGUACCUGCAGGAAGGGGCUCUGGACGGGCGCCUGCUAUGUCCAAACGCCAAAUGCAAUGCCGUUGUCGGUCGGUUUGAUUGGAGGGGCUUCAACUGCAGUUGUAAGGAAUGGGUUUGUCCCGCCUUCUCCCUCCACCGGAGCCGCGUGGAUGAGGUCCUGGAUCGGCCGACCGGUAUGGGUAUACGCAUGCCGCCGGGUCGCAACGGCAGCUUGUAG